CGAUGUAUGGGGGAAACGAACAGAAACUAUACGAUGAUUUAUUCCGGGACUACAACAAAAAAGUCCGGCCUGUCUGGAACUCAUCGCACAUCGUCAAUGUUUCUAUGACGCUGUCUGUCUACCAAAUCGUAGAGAUGGAUGAACGAAACCAAAUUCUGACGACAAACGUAUGGAUAGAACAGCAUUGGAGUGAUAUGAAAUUAAAAUGGAACCCUGUCGAUUACGAUGGGAUUGAAAUUCUCCGCAUCCCAGCCACUGAGAUUUGGAUGCCCGAUAUCACUCUAUACAACAAUGCUGAUUCUGCGGACUACGUUUCGACCAGUCGAGGUUCCAAUGCACUAAUCUACUUCAAUGGUAAUGUGUCACUUUGGUCAAAACCGACCUUAGUUCGCAGUGUCUGUAAGAUCAACAUCAAAUACUUCCCUUUCGAUAUGCAACAAUGUGACAUGAAAUUCGGUUCAUGGACUUACACUAGCUUUCAAAUGAACCUGCACAAAUUUAAGGUAAAACCGGAUUUAUCUGGUUUUAUCCAGAACGAACAGUGGACGUUGGUGUAUGCCAUCGCACGUCGAAACAUCGUCUCGUAUCCCUGCUGUCCAGAGUCAUAUCAUGACGUAACUUUCUUUUUCGGUCUGAGGCGAAAGCCUCUAUACUACAUAUAUAACUUAUUAAUGCCGUGUAUGCUUCUGUCGAGUUUGUCGUUGCUAGGGUUCUGCAUGCCGUACGCAGUGGGAGUUGUUAAAGUGUCACUCAGUGUGACGCUCAUCCUGUCGUUAACCGUUUUCUUGUUACUGGUGGCGGAAAUGAUGCCUCGUACUUCAGAAAUUGUUCCUGUCAUAAGUCAAUACUACGCAGCGACAAUGUUUCUAAUUGCUUUCUCUACGGCCAUGAACGUGGUAGUUCUUAACAUAAAUGGGCGUGGUAAUGGAUCAGCUCCAGUACCACACUGGCUAAAAAUGGUUGUUGUUGACUGUUUAGGCUCAGCAUUGUGCAUCGCUCGUAAUCCACUGGAAUGCCAUAAAAAGAAUUCACAAAUUCCAUCCGAAUCUGACUUUCGGAAUACAUACGUAGAGCAUCAUCGAGGAGGCACAAGCCAAAUCGUAAAACGUGAUGGCAGUGCACACAGUAUGGGUAGGAACAUUAGAUUCGGUAACUUAGUCCCAGAACAUGAAAUUCUACUAGAAGACAAGAACGGAAGUCCUGGGGGUCGAGGCCAUUUCGGAGGUGUCGGAGGGGAAGAGCAUGGAGACCAUCGCCUGAUUAAACUGGAGAGAUCAGUCGAUAGUAUCUUAAAACAUCUUAAAAAUUCUCAAAGAAAGAAAGACAAGGGCACUCAUUUGCGACAGGAAUGGGGAGCAGUUGCCAGAGUUCUCGAUCGUUUUCUUCUGCUACUUUUCCUUACUAGCUCAGUUGUUACUUCAGUAAUCCUCCUUUCGCAGAAAGUACCGGACAAGCAGCCACCCUCAUCAAACGACACGUAUGUCGAAGACCCAGAAUAAGGACGUUACUCGUGAUCUUGUGAGAGUAGAGUGCGUUAGCGUCAGGAUCGUUACACGGAUGACAAAAGUGCCAAAUUUUGUAAUGAUAUUAGUAUGGGCAUACAGUUUUGAAAAAUCUCUGGAGCAAAAAAAAAAAUCCAUUUUUUUAAUAUAAAAAUCGAAUUUUUGGGAAAAAUAUUGUGGUGAUUUUUUUUAAAACUAUUACAAUGCAAGGCCUACCUGUAUAAACAUGUUUAGAAUCUAUUUAGUCAGAAAUCAGCAAAUAAAAAAUAUAGUGUUUAACCUUGUGCAUUUUGAUGAGCUUACGGCAGACUCUAGCUGCUUUCUGGUUGGGUCAUCCAAACAGGCCUUCAUUAAAGGUCAUGUAAAACCCUUAUGUCAGAUUAUGACAUAUCUUUGACAAGUGAGGUGUAGUUUUACGUACAGAUCAUAUUCAGUUACACUUUAAUUUUCAAUAAAGCUGUAUUUUAACGAAAACAAUGGUUUUAGCCCAAAAUUUGUCAAAAAUUUGAAUUUUUUAAAACUCUUAUAUCAGAUUCUGACAUAAUUAGUGAUAUUGAGAUAUAAUAUUGGUUAAAAUGUAUUUUACAUGCUGAGCAUCUGUUAUAGUUAAAAUGUCAGCAGAUCUCUACUUUGUUACCAAAAAUUAUGAUUUUAGCCCAAAAAUGGCCAAAAAUUGGGAUUUUUUAAGAAAACCUUAUAUCAGAUUCUGACAUAUUAUUGACCAGUCAGGUAUAGUAUUGGUUAAAAUGUAUUUUACAUGCAGAGCAUCUGUUAUAGUUAAAUGUUGAUAAAAAAUAUGAAAGCUCUGUCAUCCGUGUAACGAUUCUUGCAUAUUUUUACGUUAAGGCACUCGGGUGAACCCACGCAUGCAUUUGAAGAUCUUAUCUUCUAUGUAGACUAAAUUGGAUGACACUCGAUGAUCAUUCUUUUUCCGAAAUUGCGAUGGACUUCGAUAUAAACAUUGAUACACUAUGCAUUUUUAAACUACGGACAAUACGAAUGCUAAAAUGUUAACCCUCCAUGCGCUGGAGACAUAUGUGAUAUUGCAAGUACAAUAUUUGUUUUUUGUUUUUGUUUUUUAAUAUAUUUCAUGUUAAUAAUGUGUCUAUAAUUGAAGAUAUGGUCAGUAGAACAAAGUGUUUGUACUGUAUACUAUAAAUAAUUUAGAGGUAAACAGGUUCAUGUUUUCAAACAAUUGGGAAUUUGUAGGAACUUGUAACAUCCAUUAGAGUCAAACAUGUUGAUCGCAAUUAAACUAUGUAUGCAUAAUCAAAUUAUAUUCAUUAUAUUCAUGAUCUAAAGGCAAUGGGACUAGAGUGUGUGAAAAUGCAUAAGUGAGCAUGGCACGUUUAGGUGGGCUGCGUAAAUUUAAUAAUAAUAAUAAUUAUUAUUAUUAUUAUUAUUAUUAAUAAUAAUAAUAGUAAUAAUAAUAAUUCUCGCCAGAGGGCAUGCAUCCCGGGACCAUUACGUCUAGCUUAUGAACCUAAUUUUUAGUUUUAGGCAGUGUGCUCACAUUGAACUGAAAAACAGUAUUAUUGAUCAAAGUCAUUGUUUAAAAAACUACGUGAAAACAAGUAAUAUUGCUGUGAUUAGGGCAUAUAUUGGGAAAAGACAUUCUGCAGGCUUACAUAGACCUAAAGUAGCCCGGUGACUUUGAGUGGCAUAGGCUGAUAGGUACAUUUUAAAUAUCGGCAGUUAGGCAAAAUCAGACUCUUUAUUUUGCCAUCGUUGCUGUUUUUGUUUUGCUAAAAAAAUAACAAUAUUGCUAGAUUACCAGGUACAUUCUGUUUAGAACGGGGUUCGUGUUUAGCUGGAGGCUGCAGGGUAAACCCACCAGAGACAACUGGAAAAUUUCGUUUU